AAAGAUUAGCCUCUACAUUGGCACAUCAGUCUUGAGGACCAGAGGACCAGAGAGAGAGUUAUUUAACCAUUUAUUUCUUCUGCUUUAAGCUGGUUGUCUCAUAGAUGAUGAUGGUGCUAAGGACACAUGGAAUAAAUUGAGACAAUAAAUAUCAAAAGUAGGUGUUAUCAAACACAUCAAAACACAAUAAGUGAAGAGUCCGCCUUAACUCGCUCAAAAAUGCAUCCGAAGUAUCAACCAGCAGGAACUCAGCAGAGUAGUGCAGGUGUUACGCUUCUUAAAAGAAGGAUGUCUUCUAAGGUGUAACAAAUUUAUUGUGAUUCAAAUCCUGCACAGAAACAUAUUAAACAUAUCAGUAACAGCUGAUGGACAGCGUUGACAGAACAGCUGAUGGACAGCGUUGACAGAACAGCUGAUGGACAGCGUUGACAGAACAGCUGAUGGACAGCGUUGACAGAACAGCUGAUGGACAGCGUUGACAGAACAGCUGAUGGACAGCGUUGACAGAACAGCUGAUGGACAGCGUUGACAGAACAGCUGAUGGACAGCGUUGACAGAACAGCUGAUGGACAGCGUUGACAGAACAGCUGAUGGACAGCGUUGACAGAACAGCUGAUCAGCUUAUUCUGUGCCUUGCACAAUCACUGCCUGCAAUAUUCUACACUUCAAAGCGGCCGCGCCCCCUGAUGGCCAUUCUCUGUAACUGCACAGACUUAACUGACUGCCGCAGGAGCAGAUUGAGAAAUAGUCCUGUAAUACAGGAGCACAGUAUGGAAGGCGAAUGAUGACUGGUUACCUGUCUUCAAAAGGAAUCCAAGCAUCUGAGGGACGUGUUGGUAGUGUCUUGAGACAAGUUAACCAACCAUAUCAUGCUGAUCGUUGUCUGAGAUUGAGGAACCUGAAUCCAGUGCCGUACAGUGCUGAAUACAUGGGUCACAAACUGCACUUGGAUCAAAAUGAAAAGCUGGUGAUGUUUGGGGUGACACAUGUCCUCGCUGUAGAUGGUUUCUCCAGCAAAAUUGUCAGCCAUUCAACAAUGCCUGUCAAAAACAACCUGACAAUAUAUCAAGAGGUGUUCAGAAAUGCGGUCCUGCAGUACGGCAUGUGGGACCAGAUCCGUGUAGACCACGGAAAAGAGUUCUACUUGACCCUCUUCAUGCAGGAGAAACUGGCAAGCCACAGAAAUAACACAGUGAGGCAGCCAUAUUUGCAAACGGCGUCAACACAGAAUCAUAUUGUUGAAAGGAUGUGGGCAGAAGUCAACAACAGAGUGAACUACCCACUGAAAACGGCUCUCCUCCAGCUCGUAGACCAGGAGGAACUUGACAUGGAGGACAACGUGACACGAUACUGUGUCUCCACACUCACAUGUCAGGUAGCAGAGCUUGGACUUGGUCGGAUGGUGCAGUCCUGGAAUGCACACAGGAUCCAAGGAAAAGGUUUUCCAAAUCAACUGGCUCUGGGUGGAUGCCCAAAGAAACUGCCGGCAGAUUGUUUGCCAGAGGCUGCAGAAGCUGCACAAGCUUACCGCCAGGAAGUGGGGUCAUCGCUGACGCAAGUCUCCCUUUUUGGGAGAAACCCAUUCUCCACAGCUGAACAACAAACAGCAGCUGAAAAUGAAUUUGCACAGCAAUACUUGGACAUUUCUGUGCUCUACGACAAUGCUGUGAACAACAAUCCGACCAGUUAUCAAAGCGGGAUCAAGGACCUCAUCAACAUUGUAAAGAGAUAUGUGUAGAGAGAUCUGAAACGUCACCAACAUUUUUGUAACAUAAUGUUCUUCAUAUAUUUUUAUUUUUUCUGACUUUGUUUUUGUUAUUCUUGUAUUAAAGACUGUUGUUUUUUCA